UGUGUAAAUGCCACUUUGCGCUACCACCACAACCUGCAUCAUCUGGCGAUCUUUGAUGUUUGUAUUUGUUUGAGAUGCGCUUGCCAAGCUCACAGAGCCACACGGUAGAAACUGCUGGGCCAUCUGUCAUCUCACGUUCCAAAUUGAAAGAUGGGUUACCACCACCGCACAUCUUCCCGGCUGGGCACGCUGCCUCUCGCGUUUGACCUGCCGGCGCGAGUAGGACAGAUCUUCAUGUUGCAAUUUCGACGACUUCGGCGCUCAGGGCGCAAUGGACGCCGAAUCAAGCUCCUUCUCAAGUUCGCAUUACCGCUCCUGGUCCUAUACCUUAUCGAUCUGCCCAUUCAUCUCUACCGCACGCGCGUUGCGCGCCCUCAUCAGGAUCUCGACCAGCCGUUCGCGACAGGAUGUCUGGACCCGUCGGUUACCGCCGCGCAGCCGCGCGAGAACGCCACUUUUGUCAUGCUGGCGCGGAAUAGCGAAAUUGAAGGUGCAAAAGCAACAGUGGCGAAUAUCGAACGGCAGUUCAACCGGUGGUUUCACUACCCGAUUAUGUUCCUGAACGACGCUCCGUGGUCAGAGGAAUUCAAGGAUGUACUAAGCAGGGCUGUGAGCAAUGGGACUGAGGUCAGGUUCGAGGUCAUCGAGAAGGGAAAGUGGGGGUUUCCUGAGGAAAUGAAUGAGAAGGAAAAGACAAAGGCCAGAUUGCAGAUGAAGAAGCAGGGUGAGCGAGGUGUGGGCUAUGGUGACAUGGAGAGUUAUCAUCACAUGUGUCGGUUUUACUCUGGCGAGUUCUACAAUCUCGAAGCCCUGAGGCCCUACAAGUGGUACUGGCGCCUCGAGCCAAGUGUACGCUACAGCUGUGCCCUCACAUACGACCCUUUUGCGGAAAUGGCUCGUCACGACAAGGUCUACGGCUGGACGAUAGCGCUCUGGGAGGUUGGCGACACCUGCCCGUCCCUAUUCAAGACCACCGACGACUACCGAAUCGAAAAGGGUAUUCCCCGGACGCCCACCUGGAACGCCUUGUUACAAGUGAUGUGGUUCCCCGCGCCCGUCCGUUGGUUUCUCGGCUUGUUUCGGGUACGGGAGCACGACAACUCCGGCAACAAGUGGAACAUGUGCCACUACUGGAGCAACUUUGAGAUUGCCAAUCUGGACUUCUUCCGCGGCCGCGAGUACCAGGAUUACUUCCGCUACCUGGACAGCAAAGGCGGCUUCUACUCGGAGCGCUGGGGCGAUGCGCCGGUGCACACGCUCGCCGUGCACAUGCUUCUCCCGCCCGAGAAGAUUCAUCACUUUUCGGAUAUUGGCUACGAGCAUGACACGCUGUGGCAGUGUCCGGGAAAUGCACCGAUGGACCAGCAACUCCUCGGUAACAAGGCGCUGCGUGACAUGGGCAGGAUGACACUGCCGUCGGAGGGAGGGACAGGAUGCAGGUGCAAAUGCCAGGAGAAUAAGAGGAGGAGGAAUAUCAAUAGUCAGUGCACGAGCGAGCUGACGAGGCCAGUGGCGUUUCAUAGGCCAAGCUGGUGGGAGAGGCACAAUGGAGUGUAUCACUAUGCUGUAAAUAACCCAAAUAAUCCGAGGAAGUGAGUGAGGUUUUGGGAGAUGGGAACAACGGGUUGGAAUUCCGCGCCAGUCGCUCUCAGUUUUCUACAAACUUCGUGUUUCCGUUUCAAGACAGGAAGUCUUGUACCCUUCUAGAAGGCUUACUCGAUAGAUAGCCCAUGAUUCAUAAUCGGCAAAGUCAUCACAAACGAAAUCAUGGCGUUGAUGUUGGCAUUCUGGAACAUGCAUCCCAUGCUCCAUAUAUAAAAACCAGGUUCAC